AUGCAUCCGGAGUUUCCAGAGGAAGACAUCAUGGCCUUGUUCGGGGAGAAGGCGGACGAUGAGGAUAGGGAUAAGUGGAUAGUGUGGUUCAAAGACGCAUCCAACACCCUAGGCCAUGGGGUUGGGGCGGUGUUGUUGCUCAAAGUGUAUGGAGACUCGGCCUUGGUAAUUCGCCAGCUGAGGGGAGAAUGGGAAACUAGGGAUCAUAAAUUGAUACCCUAUCAGGCCUACAUCAAGAAACUGGCCGAGUUCUUCGAUGAUGUCUCCUUCCACCAUGUUCCCAGAGAGGAAAAUCAGAUGGCUGAUGCGUUUGCCACUCUAGCAUCCAUGUUUCAACUAACUUCACAUGGAGACUUGUUGUACAUCGAGUUCCGAUGUCGCAGAAAGCUCGCAUAUUGCUGCUUGAUAGAAGAGGAGCAAGAUGGUAAAUGGUGGUACUUCGACAUCAAGCGAUACGUAGAGUAUAAGGAGUGUCCAGAGGGGGCUUCUGACAACGACAAGAGGAUGUUGCGGAGGUUGGCAAUUGGUUUCUUUCUAGGCGGAGGUAUCCUAUACAAGUGA